UAAUUAACCGGCCUCUUCAGCGGGGAGCCAAGGCAGGCGAGGCCAAGCGGGCCGUUGCUUGACAGUCACGCAGCCCAAGCCUCAUGCUCCUCUCUUCCCCCGCCCCCGGCUACCAACGGUCACUUUGAAAGACAGAAACGAAGCGCCAUGUGGGGGUGGGGGAAGAGAGAAGGACUCGCUUCAGAGAAGCCCAUAGCAAAGAUUCGGCCAACCAAAUCCCCGCUUUCCCCCCUCGUCACUUCCGGCACAGAACUUCCGCUUCCGGGUGUGAAGCCUAGCCGAGGUUUGCCGAAGCGGGUCUCGGUUCCUUCCUUCCCUCCCUUUCCUUUUUUCUUCCUUUCUUCCCUGAGAGUCCGGUCCGUCGCCGCUGCCAUGUCGCCCAGUGCUGAGGUCGGCCGCGCAAACGACUCGUCACGGAAUAUUUCUCCCCUCGGCUAUAUUUUUACUCCUGGUUUCAGUUGGUGGAUCUUGAGGUUCUAAUAAAAACAACAGCAAAAAGAAAAAUAGAUCCUGCAGCAGCAGAAAGAAAGACCCAGAAGCUAACUAUGAAGACUCAGACUUUGAAGACAGCAGAGGAAGACACACAUUCUGCCCACUGGAGCAUUUUGAAAAGACAUCCAUGGAAGAGGUACAAGAUUUAGCGGAACAGCCUAUGAAAAAAGCCAAGAUGCAGGAAUCAGGCGAACAGCUGUUAAGGCAAGUGAACAGCACAGACGAUAGUGAUCAGAAACCUGAAUCCUCAAGCCUUGGUUCAAACCUGUCCAUGUCCAAUGAAAUUAUGCCAUGCACUGAUUACAUCUCAAGGUCAUCAAAUGAAUAUACCUCACAGAUGUAUUCUGCAAAGCCAUAUGCACAUAUUCUUUCUGUACCUGUAUCGGAAACGAUGGCCUCUUAUUCUGGUCAGACUCAGUACCAAGCACUGCAGCAGUCGCAGACAUACGCUGUUUAUCCUCAGACAACCCAAGCCUAUGGACUACCUCCUUUUGGUGCACUGUGGCCAGGUAUGAAACCUGAGAGUGGUUUAAUUCAGACUCCAUCUCCAAGUCAGCACAGUGUUCUUACCUGCACUACAGGGUUAACCACAAGCCAAUCCAGCCCAGCACAUUAUUCUUAUCCUAUUCAAGCUUCAAGUACCAACGCCAACUCAGUUUCCACCACCUCACCUGCUGUCAAUAUUUCAGCAUCAGCAGUAGCCAGCAUCUCUCAACAGGAGUAUCCUACGUAUACAAUUCUUGGCCAAAGUCAAUACCAGCCAUAUUACUCAAGUUCAAGCUUUGGAGUUGUAGCACCAGCAGACAGCAGCACAGAGAGUCCCACCUUAGCAACAACCACGUAUCCUUCUGAAAAACCAAAUGCCAUGGUGCCUACUCAGACGGCGCAGAGACAUUCCUCUGGAGACCCAUCUACAAGUCCAUCGUUGCUGAGAGCGACAGCAAGUAAAGAUGUAGAGGACCAGUCCAGGAAAAGCGUGACUGGGAAAAACAGGGGGAAGAGGAAAGCAGACGCUUCUUCACCACAGGACAAUGAGCUUGAACGAGUGUUCCUAUGGGACUUGGAUGAGACCAUCAUAAUAUUUCAUUCUCUUCUAACAGGAUCAUAUGCCCAGAAAUACGGGAAGGAUCCAACUCUAGUGAUUAGCUCUGGUUUGACCAUGGAAGAAAUGAUUUUUGAAGUCGCCGACACACACUUAUUUUUCAAUGACUUAGAGGAGUGUGACCAAGUUCAUGUAGAAGACGUUGCAUCAGAUGACAAUGGGCAAGAUUUAAGCAACUACAAUUUUUCCACGGAUGGCUUCAGUGGCUCAGGAAACAACGCCAAUCAUGGUUCAGCGGGAGUCCAGGGUGGAGUGGAUUGGAUGAGGAAGCUGGCUUUCCGCUAUCGGAAGGUGCGCGAGGUCUAUGACAAAUACAAAAGCAACGUAGCAGCCCUUCUCAGCCCAGAAAAGAAGGAGGCUUUGCAGAGAUUAAGGGAAGACAUAGAAAUGUUAACAGAUUCCUGGUUGGGAACAGCGUUAAAGUCCCUGCUGCUCAUCCAGUCAAGAAAGAAUUGUGUGAAUGUUCUGAUAACGACUACUCAGCUGGUGCCGGCUCUGGCCAAAGUUCUGCUGUAUGGAUUAGGUGACGUGUUCCCAAUUGAAAAUAUUUAUAGCGCAACAAAAAUAGGUAAAGAGAGCUGUUUUGAAAGGAUUAUCUCUCGGUUUGGGAAGAAGGUGACAUAUGUGGUGAUUGGAGAUGGGCGUGAUGAAGAGAUGGCAGCCAAACAGCACAACAUGCCCUUCUGGAGAAUCACAAAUCACGCCGAUCUGGUGUCGCUCCACCAGGCCCUCGAACUGGACUUUCUGUGAGGAGCUGAGCAGCAGGCAGUCCGGCACAGCUCCCGACAGCCCCAUCUUGGCAAGAGCAGACUUGGGGACUUCCUUUUUCAUCCAGACAAAGCAAUGUAGCUAACGGAAGUGUACAGUAGGAGGCGCCACAGCGUCGUUUUUCCCAGGAGAGCCACCCAAGCCUUUCACUGCUGUCUGCGUUUGGGCAAAGGGAAUUUGAGGAGGAGACCCAAAACAGAGCAUCCUGGCUAGGAAUCUCCAGCAGUACAGACCUAACCCACUGUGCAACCUUUGAUGGUAUAAUAUUAUGCAUUUUCUUAAAAAAAGGAAAGAAAAAAAAGCAGUGGGUUGUGGUUUUUGUUUUUUGUUUUUUUGUAGAGUACUUUGUCACCUCCAGGCCUCUCUCUCGAGCUUUCAGAACAUAAAGAGAAGUGAACUGAUUGUUUAUUUUUUUACAGAAAAGGGUCCAGAAACAUUUCCCUUCCUGCAAAGCCAGAAAGGGCUGUAGAUUUUCAUGGAAAGGCCACAAAACAAUUCUUUGUGUUGAGAGGGUGGUGGAAGUUCUUCCAGUGUCUGCUGGGGUACUGAUUAUAGGCAGCCAUCCGCUCAGUGCCUGACGCCAAGAAGGGGUGGCUGGGGCCAGUACUUCUGAAGAAUCUGUCUCUCUGUCUCUCCACUCCUGAGCAGCAGCAUGACAUUUAGGUGCAGGUGAGGUCAGAUUACCUGAGUGACAGAAAAGGGAAAAACACCAUUUCUUCCUUCUUUUUGACAGCUGACUUGCAUAAGCAGAAGCAAGAUUUCUUAAGAGGCAGCACAGUGUGAAAUGAUAGGAGCUGCCCAGCCAGCAGAGAAAAUCCAGCUAGGAAAACACCUCCUUUGCAAAUACUUUAGUGUGAUCUGCCAAAUUUGCACGCAAUAUUCCAGCUUGGCAGGAACUGUAGCCUCCUCAUUUUGCAUCAAACGUGCUGCCUCUUUGUAAUUUUUUUGUGGUGCAGGGAGUUAGGCAGAAUGGAGUGUCUGGCAACUUGCAGGUCUGUGAAUCUUCUCUUUAAUUCAGAAUAGGAGAUAGUUACCAUAGUGUCAGGGUCAAGCACUGGCUUAGUGAAAGGGAAGUAGGGACACCUGUGCUCACUUGCAGAGCAGAAAAUUCAAAAUGCUAAUGACUAUAGGGGUGGAAACCCCCGAAAGUUUCAAGGGGGAACCUCCCAACAAAUUAUUUCAUUAUUUUUAUUUCAACUAUAUGCCACUUAAUAUUCAGAAUUCCAAAAUGGGUUGCUGAAGCUAGGGACCCUGCCAAGCUCAUUGCUUCUGGCUUUGACAGGUGCAGAUGCAUUUUAUUUUUUAGUCCCAGUCAAAGACUCUCAUGUCCCAAGAAAAGUCCCCAUUGCCUUUGGUACCAUGCAGUACCUACUGCUGAUCACCCACCCGACAGUGCUUUAUCUGCAUACUCCUUAAGUAGUAAGGCAGGAACUGUAGGGACUCAUAGUUCCAUUCAUACCAGCAGGUGGAGAAUAAGUUCUUCUUGCUAGGUAGGCAGCAUUCUGUUUUCUUUCCCUGCGGGAACAUAGUGUAUACUAGAUGGGUAGAUUCUGCACCACAGAGAAAGCCGUACAGGGUGCCAGAAAGCUGCUGUUUCCUGACGUUUAUCGCAAGCUCACAGAAGGCAACAUAACAGUAUUCUUUGGGAUGAAAAUGCAUCCCACUCCCUCAGAAAGGAAGUAAUUCCAGCUUUCUGUGAAUUUUUAACUCCUUUGCGAAGGCCAGAAAGGUCACUAGCUGAGCAGCCACUCCUGAGACAUCUCCUACUGUAUUGGUGUGGGCUGUGCUUGACUUUGGAAUCAACUCUGUGCCUUAACUUCCAUUGCAACUCUUGGAUAUGUCAGCAACUGUAGAGGAAUACCUUGCCCGGCCCCCAUUUAAAUUAACCUAGUUUUUUUUGUUUCUUUUAAGUGUUUGCAGAAAGCGUAGCGGGCAGGGAUUUGUUAAGCCACCAGGAAACUGACCGUUGUUGCCCUGAGUUUUGUUUAACCUGGCGAAACUGUUUCGAACGCCUUCAAGAUUUCAGAAGACCUUUAGCUGACGUGUGUGAAGCUUUGUUUUUGCAUCAGAUACCAAUAUUUAUAUAGUGUCCUCUCUGAUGUUUCCUAACCCACUCAGGGGAUGGUACAUUUUCUGUGUUAACGUUAAUAAAGAUUGUCCUGGCUCUUGUUAUCAUUGAA